GACAUGACUCAAAGCAGCUGAUGUUUUGGGGGAUGUAAUAACAAAAGGCUUAGUUUUUAUUUGUUUUUUGUAAAAGGAAAAGGCGUUGCUGAUUGUAAUAUUACAAUCCAGUAAUCUAUUUAGAUAUGUUUAAUACAACAAGUUAGUUAUUUAAUAGAGAAAGGCAUACGAUCAGAGUUAAAUAUGCGAUCAAACUACAUGGUUAUCUGAUCAUAAAGGCUUUAUGAUUACACAGACAGUUGGCCUACUUAAAAACCAGUUUCAUGAAGUGGAAACCCGACUAUGACAGUGCAGCUUCAGAGUAUGCAAAAGCAGCUGUUGCUUUUAAAAAUGCAAAACAAUUAGAUCAAGCAAAAGAAGCCUACCUGAAUGAAGCCCAGGCACAUACAGAUAACAGAGCUCUUUUCCAUGCUGCAAAAGCAAUUGAACAAGCAGGCAUGAUGUUAAAGGAGAUGCAACGAAUGCCUGAAGCAAUUCAGUAUAUUGAGAAAGCAAGCAUGAUGUAUGUGGAGAAUGGUACACCAGACACUGCUGCAAUGGCAUUGGAUCGGGCUGGCAAAUUGAUAGAGCCUAUAAACCUGGAAAAGGCAGUGGAACUUUAUCAAAAGGCAGCGUCCGUGUUUGAAAAUGAAGAUCGUUUACGGCAGGCGGUGGAACUAUUGGGAAAAGCCUCCCGACUGCUGGUCAGGGCUCGCAGAUUUGAUGAAGCCGCUGCAUCCAUACAGAAAGAGAAGAACAUAUAUAAAGACAUAGAAAAUUAUCCUACAUGCUUUAAGAAAACAAUUGCACAAGUGCUUGUUCACCUUCACAGAAAUGAUUUCGUUGCUGCAGACAGAUGUGUCAGAGAAAGCUACAGUAUCCCAGGGUUCAACAGCAGUGAAGACUGUGGCGCGAUGGAGAAGCUUUUAGAAGGUUACGAUCAGCAAGACGAGGACCAAGUAUAUUCCGUGUGUAACUCUCCUCUAGUCAAAUACAUGGACAAUGAUUAUGCCAAAUUGGCUCUGAGUUUAAAGGUCCCAGGAGGGGGCACCAAGAAGAAAUCUCCUGAAACUCCCAAGAACGGAGAUGGAGGCUCAAGGGUGGAGCAGGACGAUGAUGAGUACUCUGGGGGACUCUGCUAAUCCUGGACAUGCCCUAAUCUUUCAGAUACUACCUUACAUUAAGACAUUUGCAGACCAGCAACAGUGCCAGGUAUUGACAGAACCUUGACGGGUACAACAGAUAUAUACCGCCACACGUUGAAAUAUUGUAUUUCAGAACAUAUAAGCCUUUUUUGCUGUUCCAUGAAAGCAUGAUCAGAUAUUAUAUUACAGCAAACAGUGCUUGCCCAUUGUGGUUGAAUAAAGGCAUAUACACACCCUUAUUAAACAAAUAUAUUGGGUACCACUUUUCUUUUGAAGUGUGAUAGCAAUGCUAUAUCUGAAAAGAAUGCUUAACACCAUAAUAUUAAAAACUGGCUACAUACAGCACUUGGUUGAGACCUAUUUAAAGCAUUUUACUGUUGAAUUCCCCUUUGCGCCAGGAAGCUCUCGAAUUUAAGAUGCAGCCCAAAUUUGCCACCCUCAAAAAAAAAAAAAAAAAAAAAACACGAAUUGGUUUAAAAAGUAUCUUAAAUUAAAAAAAUACGAUAAUUAGCCCAUGGAUAUCUAACUAGUUGGAAAUAACCAUGGAACUUGUGUUUCCUGGUAGCACUUGUACACUUGCUAUUUAUUCUAUCUCUGUCGAGAACAUAGCAUUCCAGUUUUUGCAAUACAGAGCCAAGAAAAAUAGUUAACAGAUUAGUGGCCAGCCAUCAGUAUUAAGUACUAAAUGAAUUAAUUUGAUAUUUUGGAAAUAUGUAUCAAGUGUAAUAAAGUGUGCAUUACAAAAUGUACAAGUGGGUAAGAAAAACUAGUUGCGAGUUGUAAUGUGUUAAAUUGCUUUCCUCUGAACUAAAAUAAGGUAACAUAAACAUUCACAAGAUACCCAAUAAUAAAGGUGUUUUUUGGUCUAUGUGCCAAACCAGGUAUACCGAGACAAAUUGGGUACACGUACGUGCAUCACAGCGUGUUAUUAAAAUAGCAUCCAAAAGGUACUUUUUUUUUUUUUUUAUUAUGUUUGUUGUAUGAAGCACUUCGUGGGUCUGUGAAAUGCAUAUAUUAAAUUAUUUUUGUAAUUGAUUGCAUUUGUAGACGCUAAAGGAUUACUUUCCAAAAACAAGGGCACAAAGGUCAUUGCAAUUGUCAUUGUGCACAUAUACACCAUUAGGUGCUUUGUUAAUGCUCAAGGAAGCAGGCAGGGUCUUCCAUACACCUCCAACUGCGCUGGGAGGUGCAGGCUACUGUUGAGACCUAUUUCGUCAGGUUUGGCAGAUGGGUCAAAAACAGUUAAGUAAACACAUUUCAAUUGACUGUUAGCAAGUCUAAAUUACUGUCAUGUAGCCCAGUGGUGCGAGAAACAGUAUAAAUUGUAUGUGUACGGUGUCUGUAAUUACCCUUGUAUUUAUUGUUUUGAAGCAGCUAUCUCCAGAUGUUUCUUGCCUAGGUUAAUAGAAUGUCAAACGUGCAAACCAGUCAUUACACAGUAAUUAUUAGUAUGUGUAAAUAAACAGAAUGCACAGUACAUUUGAAAGUAUAUUUAAUCCAUUAUAUUCAAGGUGUGGAUUCCACCAGUUUAGUCAGGUAAGGAGGCAGUUGAGGUCCAGUAUAUCUCCCUUUAGACUUUGACUCUUGUUUGCCUACCUUGGUAAAGUAUCUGGCUAAAAAAAAAAAAAACUGUCAAUAGAACAGAUAUGAACAUCUCCUUCAAUAGGUGUGAUUGUUAUUUUCUUUAAAGAAUUGUUACAGUAUAUCAAAAUGCUUAGAUUGAGAGACCCUCUCUCCUGAUACUAUGUUAAUUUUAUGUGAACCUCUAUGGAAGUAACAGCCUACCACCCAACCAGAGGUUGUGUAGUAAAAUAAUUACUAUUUGAAUGCCCGUAUCUAAGGCAGAAACAUACACAGUUAGUAUGUUGCUGCUGUUUGUGUGGUUUAUUCUAUUGUUACAAUUAAAAAAAAAAAAAUUUAAAAAAGUUUAGUCAAAUUAUAGAUUUUUCUUUUUUACUGAAUCGCUUUGUAAUGUGAAUAAGGGAUGGGGUUAUCAUGACACAGUUCUGUAGGUUAAUAAGAAGCACAAAGCUGCACAUUGUUCCUCAUAUUGCCCAUAAGAACAUUUAGUAUAAUUACUAACUAUUUCAUAUGCAAAUGCUGUAUAUAUUCAGACACAAAUACAUAAACAAAAUAUGUACAGCAGUUCUUUCAAAAUUUUAAAAUAAGGUUCCAUAUCUGAAUCUGGUUAACCCAAAUGGCCACUGUGGACAAUUUAGAAAUGUGUGCUGUGAAAACUGAAACAAGAAGUGUCAUCUUUUUUUUUUUUUUUCUUGAUUAAUGGGAUGUUACUGUUGUCUGGUUAAUUCUUCUGAUAGCAUAAGCACAGCACAAAGUAUAAUUGUCCUGUGAUUAAAUCCUGACACAGUUCCAAAAUCAUUUAUGUAAUCAUUGUACGUGGUGGUUUAUUUUUAUGUUCGUAUUUGUUCAUAUUAUUUAUAAAAAUGUUUAUAUAAACUUCCAACAUAAGGAUAUAAUCAUUAAUACAUGCAAGUUCUGAUGUUUGUAAAAUCCUUAAAUAAGGAAAUUACACUUGUGUUUAAAUAGACUAUCAGUUAAAAACUUCUAAGAAAGUGAUGCUUGUUUACUUCGCUUCAGUCCCUCAGUGCAAGUAACAUGUAAACCAACUUCAAUUGACUAGUAUGUAUUUGUAUUGUAUUUUUAUUUGCAGCCAAAGAAUAUACAAGUGGUGCAAUAGUGUUAAGUUACUUUUUCCUAUUGUUUGUUGAGUAUAAUAAAGUGUGCAUUACAAAAUGUACAAGUGUGUAAGAAAAACUAGUUGCGAGUUGUAAUGUGUUAAAUUGCUUUCCUCUGAACUAAAAUAAAGUAAAAUGUAAAUGUGA